CCCACUCACCCCCUCGCGCUCUGCCUCUAGGGUUUUCCCCCGCCUCCCCUACCGGCCACCUCCCCCACCUCCUCGCAGUCGCCCAGCCGCGGCGCUCCGACCAUGGCGUGGGCGGAGGACGAGGCCAUCGGCCCCGACGUGGCCUCCGCGGGCCUGCACAUCUCCGAGCGGAUCGGCCGCGACGCCGCCGCGCAGCCCGACCUGGAGGAGGCGCUCGAGGCCUCGCGCUACGCUUCCCACCCCUACUCCUCGCACCCCAAGGAGUGGCCUCCUCUGGUAGAAGUUGCUGAAACUCGGCAGCUACCUCCUAUGCUGAUUGAAAGAUAUAAUGCAGCUGCUGGUGAAGGAACAGCCCUUUGUGGAAUAUUUUCUGAAUUGCACCGGGCCUGGGCAACUGUUGACAAUUCAUUUUAUGUUUGGCGCUUUGAUAAGUGGGAUGGUCAAUGCCAAGAGCAUCAUGCGGAUGAGCAAGCAAUUUGUGCUGUCGGACUUGCUAGAGCAAAGCCUGGGAUUUUUGUUGAAGCGAUUCAAUACAUUUUAGUAUUAGCAACUCCUGUGGAGCUGAUACUUGUUGGAGUUUGCUGUUCUGCUAGUGCUGAUGGAACAGAUCCAUAUGCUGAGCUUUCGUUGCAACCUUUACCCGAGUACGUGAUUUCUACUGAUGGUGUCACAAUGACAUGCAUCACAUGUACAGACAAGGGUCAAAUUUUCCUGUCUGGACGCGAUGGGCAUAUAUAUGAAUUGCAAUACACAACUGGUUCAGGCUGGCGUAAGCGUUGCCGUAAGGUUUGCUUGACCACCGGUUUAGGCAGUCUUCUUUCCAGAUGGGUCCUGCCAAAUGCAUUUAAAUUCUCAGCUGUUGAUCCUAUUGUGGAUAUGGUCAUUGAUGAGGAGAGGAACACUAUCUAUGCGCGCACAGAAGGCAUGAAACUGCAACUUUUUGAUUUAGGAGCCAGUGGUGAUGGUCCUUUGAAAAAAAUCACUGAAGAAAAAAACCUUGUUGAUCCACGAGAUGCACCUUAUGGCGGUCGUAGGCCUAAUGCACCAAGAGCUGCACGAUCCCCGAAGCCAUCAAUAGUAUGCAUAUCACCCUUAUCGGCCAUGGAAUCAAAAUGGCUCCAUGCUGUUGCUGUUUUAUCAGAUGGAAAGAGAUUAUUCAUUUCUACAUCAGGUGGAAGUAGUUCUUCAGUUGGACUGAACACUGGUUUGCAGAGGCCAAGCUGUUUAAAAAUUGUUGCUACUAGGCCUUCCCCACCUCUAGGGGUUGGUGGUGGACUCACAUUUGGUGCUGUUUCUGCUGCUGGCAGAGCACAGCCGGAGGAUCUGGCAUUGAAAGUGGAGUCUGCUUUCUAUUCUGCUGGUGCCCUCAUAAUGUCAGAUUCAUCAGCUACAGCUAUGUCCUCCCUUCUAGCUGUGCAGAAAGAUUCUGCUGCCCAGUUAUCCCUCCCCAGUACCUUCGCAACAGCUUCUAGAAGCUCUAGGGCUCUGCGAGAAACAGUCUCUGCUUUGCCUGUCGAGGGUCGGAUGCUCUGUGCCUCCGAUGUCUUCCCACUUCCGGAUGCUGCUUUCAUCAUGCAGUCUUUGUAUGCUGAUGUGGAAUGCUUAUCAGCCUUCAGUAAACCUUCGGAGAAGACCUCAAUAAAACUGUGGGCCAAAGGCGAUCUUCCUACCCAACAUAUCUUACCUCGGAGGAGGAUUGUAGUAUUCAAUACAAUGGGUUUGAUGGAAGUAGUUUUCAACAGGCCUGUUGACAUCCUAAGGAAGUUGUUUGAUGGGAAUACCUUGAGAUCACAAAUAGAGGAGUUCUUUAACCGCUUCGGUGCUGGAGAGGCUGCAGCAAUGUGCUUGAUGCUAGCCGCGAAGUUACUUUAUGCUGAAGAUAGUCUGAUAAGCAAUGCAGUCUCUGAGAAAGCUGCUGAAGCAUUUGAGGACCCUGGACUUGUUGGAAUGCCUCAACUUAAUGGCACUACCGCUUUGUCUAACACUCGAACUCAGGCUGGAGGAUUUAGUAUGGGACAAGUUGUUCAGGAAGCAGAACCUUUGUUUUCUGGUGCAUAUGAAGGGCUUUGCUUAUGCUCAUCGAGACUGCUGUAUCCUGUGUGGGAACUCCCAAUUAUGGUUGUUCGAGGACUGAUAGGUUCCAAUGAUCAUGGGGAUGGUGUGGUUGUUUGCAGGCUCUCUACUGGUGCCAUGAAGGUUCUUGAGAGUAAGAUUCGUUCAUUGGAGACCUUUUUGAGAUCCAGAAGAAACAAGAGAAGAGGGCUUUAUGGGUAUGUUGCUGGACUGGGAGAUUCUGGUUCCAUACUGUACAAAACAGGGCCUACCAUUGGCGCUGGUGUCCGUAUCAACGGAAUGAGUCCGUACCGUAUUAGAGACGCAGACACUGCAGAUCAAGCUGCAUUGAAUAAGAAGCCACGGUCGCUUUAUACAUCAGCAGAACUAGCUGCUAUGGAGGUGAGGGCAAUCGAGUGCCUUAGGCGGUUGCUUCGAAGAUCCGGUGAAGCACUCGUUCUACUUCAACUUAUUUGUCAGCAUAAUGUUGCUCGCUUGGUUCAGACAUUAGGCAAUGAUUUGCGCAGAAAGUUAGUGCAGUUAACGUUUCAUCAAUUGGUAUGUUCCGAGGAUGGCGACCAACUCGCGAUGCGGCUUAUUUCUUCACUCAUGGAGUACUACAUUGGUCCAGAGGGCAGAGGAACUGUUGAGGAUAUCAGCACUAAACUGAGGGAGGGCUGUCCUAGCUACUUCAACGAGUCAGACUACAAGUAUUACUCGGCAGUGGAAAAUCUCGAGAAAGCAUCUAUAACAGACAACAAUGAGGAGAGAGAUGUUCUUGCUAGAGAAGCCUUCAAUCUCUUGACCAAAAUUCCAGACUCUGCUGAUUUGAGUGCUAUAUGCAAGCGGUUUGAGAACCUAAGGUUCUACGAGGCUGUAGUGAGGUUGCCGCUACAGAGAGCUCAGGCGCUUGAUUCCAAUGCCGGUGUUAUCAAUGGGCAAAUUGAUGCAAGGCAUCAUGAUAGCAUAACUGCACAGCGUGUACAAUGCUAUGAAAUAGUUAUGAAUGCUCUGCGUACCCUCAAAGGUGCUGGACGAAGUGGAAAACCUGGUCCAAUGAUUGCUCUUGAUCCAGCUUCUCGAAGCAAAUGUAUCAAACAGAUUAUUCAACUAAGUGUCCAGUGGCCGGACACAGCUUUCCACGAGCAUCUGUACAGAACACUUAUUGAGCUCGGUCUGGAUAAUGAACUUUUGGAGUAUGGAGGCUCGGAUUUGGUUGCUUUUCUUCAGAGUGCUGGCCGUAAGCAUCAAGAAGAGGUUCGAGGAGCUCCUCCUAGGUUGGACGAUUUAGGUGCACCUAUUUCUACUACCCAGACAAAGUAUCUUGAGCUCCUAGCCAGGUACUAUGUUCUCAAGGGGGAGCAUAUUGCUGCUGCCAGGAUGCUAUUGAUAUUGGCAGAAAGGCAGUGCUCCAAUGCUGAAGAAGCUCCUGCUCUUGACCAGAGGUAUCAAUAUCUGAGCAAUGCAGUGCUACAGGCCAAAAGUGCAGGCAUUACUGCUGAUUCGUCGAGAAAUCCUAUCGAUAGUAGUACAGUGGAUCUACUUGAAGGCAAACUUGCAGUGCUUCAGUUCCAAAUGCAAAUCAAACAAGAAUUGGAGUCUAUGGCUUUGCGGCUUGAAAGUGUUCCAAGCAGUUCUGAAUCACCUAGUGACCCCUUUCCUCGUGAUAAUAUUGUAGCUGACUUAGAGUCUGCCAAGGAUGCAAAGGACAAGGCGAAAGAGCUUUCACUGAAUCUUAAGAGUAUUACACAACUAUACAAUGACUACGCAGUUCCAUUUAAUCUGUGGGAGGUUUGCCUGGAAAUGCUCAACUUUGCAAAUUACUCUGGAGACGCUGAUAGCAAGAUUGCUCGGGAAAUUUGGGCCAGACUCCUUGACCAGACACUUACAAGAGGUGGUGUAGCAGAGGCAUGUUCUGUGGUGAAGAGAGUUGGCUCCAAACUUGAUCCUGCAGAUGGAGCUUGUUUACCUUUGGAUAUAAUAUGCCUUCAUCUUGAGAAGGCCGCCUUGGAUAGGUUAAGUUCAGGAGAAGAAUUAAUUGGUGAUGAGGAUGUUGCAAGAGCUCUUCUCGGAGCUUGUAAAGGUGUAGCUGAACCUGUGCUUGCUGUGUAUGAUCAGCUGUUAUCGAAUGGCGCAAUUGUGCCCUCACUUAAUCUGAAGCUGCGCCUUCUGAGAUCAGUUCUUGUAAUCCUUCGUGAAUGGGGAAUGUCAGUCAUUGCACAUAAGCUAGGCACAACAACUGCUGGGGCUUCGUUCUUUUUGGACGGAACAUUUUCGCUGAAUCAAACAGGAUCUUCCAAGCAAGGUGUUCGAGAUAAAAUAAUUAGUUUGGCCAACAGGUAUAUGACUGAGGUGAGGCGGUUAAACCUUCCACAGAACCAAACAGAUAAUGUCUACCGAGGUUUCCGUGACCUAGAGGAGAAAUUGUUGUCCCCUUAUUAGGCAUUCUUUAUUUGUCUUUUUGAUAUUGUAAAGCGUGGGAUGCACAUUUGUUGUUGUACCAAGUAUGGGAAUAAAGCUAGGACAUCUUAAUUCUACUGGACAUGAUCUCAUACGAUAUCAUCCAUAUAGUGGAUUUUUGUGCAAGAACCCAAGGCUACCAAAGCGGCUCACAAAUCAGAUUGUUCGGACAUGCAACCAUCCUUUUUAUCUUGAAGAAGUUUGCUUGGAUCUGCAGAAAUGUUUGCCUCGAUUAGGUAAACAGCAGCAGGCUGAUCUUGCGCAACGCCAACUUUGCCUCCUGUUGUUUCAAUUUGUUGUGUUAUGUGUACCAUCAGGCUGUACAGUUCGUAAAUGAUUUUCUUCAAGUUGUUUGUCUCUGUA